CAGUCGUCCGUAGUCGCUGCCCUAGCCGGUCAUCGAAGGCGCUCGCGAGGCGCACGUGUUUUCCGCGGUGAACUUUCGGAGGAGCGGUUCGAGUUUCGCGGCCACAGCUUCGCGGUCGAUCUGAAAUGUCGUGGUUAUUUGGGAUCAAGAGGGAUCAACCUGGUGGUGGGGAAAUGCCGGACCUCUCGAGCCUCGGUGUACCCGUUCAGAGCGGCGGCGCGGCCGCCGGUGGCGGUGGCGACGACGGCAAGAAGUCAUCGAGGAUGGAGGGUUACCACUUUGACUCGAGCGCUCUCGAAAGAGCGGCCAAGGCGGCGCGUGAUUUAGAAGCAUCGCGUCAUGCAAAGGAGGCACUGGAGCUAUCAAAGAUGCAGGAGAAGACGCUGCAACUGGAGCAUCAAACUAAAAUUAAGGAGUUUGAAGCCCACAUUGAAAAUUCCAAGCUUGAUGCCCACAGAGUGCAGCAGGAAGAGCGGAGAAAGACAUUGGCCGAGGAAACGAAACAGCACCAACAGCGGGCUGUAUAUCAAGAUCAGCUUGCAAGGAAGCGCUAUGAUGACCAGCUGCUGCAGCAGCAACGAGCAAAUGAGGAAAACUUGAAACGUCAAGAGGAGUCAGUGGCAAAGCAAGAAGCCUUAAGAAGAGCCACGAUAGAGCACGAGAUGGAGCUGCGGCACAAGAAUGACAUGAAGAAGCUGGAGGCUGAGCUGCGGGCCAAGGCCAAGAUUGACCGCGAGAACCAGGACCUCUACAUUGAACAGAUCAAGGUGAAGGCUGCUGAAAACAGGGCCACUGUCCUCGAGUCAAUCAAGACGGCAGGUGCUGUGUUUGGCGAAGGAUUUAGAGCAUUCAUUACUGACUGGGACAAGGUGUCAGCCACGGCUGCUGGGGUGACAUUGCUGGCUCUUGGUGUGUACUCGGCCAAGCUGGGCACAGGCAUUGCAGCACGAUAUGUCGAAAUGCGCCUAGGUAAGCCGUCACUGGUGCGCGACACCUCUCGGCUCACAGUCAUGGAAGCUAUCAAGCACCCCAUUCGCACGGUCCGACAGCUCACAAGCAAGCCUACCGAUGCUCUCAAAGGCGUUGUGCUUGAUGUAAGUUUGUCCAUGUUUUCCUUGUUUAUUACGCUAAGAUUUUUUGAAUUCAACAAUAUUUUUCGCAUUCAACUACAGUCGUUACACAUUGCUUCGUUAUCGUACUUGUAA